AAGAAAGGAAUACAACGUGGUCUUCAGAUAGCACGUCGAGGAUUCCAAUUAUAUUCCGAUAUGGAAUUUGAUUCAGUGGAACGAGAGCGGAAGAGGUUGAAGGCAGAUGAACAUAACUAUGAAAAACCUCAAAGUCAAUCGAUUGAUGACUCCGAAAUGUUACCCGUAAAAGCUGAUUUGGUAUCGGCAUCUUCGAAGCCUCUCAAAAUAUUGUCAACAGGAUCGUUUGCAGAUUUGAGACAGGAAGGAGGCUAUUAUUUAGACAAAACUCACUUCAUAACUAAAAUCGAAUAUCUUAAUGCACGUGCUAUUCUCUCUCUGCGCCCUCGUCCAUCUUCAUUCCUUGUUCUUAAAUUCAAUUUUUCUGGACUUCGUACCAAUUCAACAUUUGAAGUUUUCAAAGAGGACUUCCAUAAAAGUUUGAACGUAGACAUGACAAAGUUUAUGUGCAGAUAUCGACAAGAGUUGAAGGAUUAUUAUCAAGUUUUGGAUAAAAAAGAAAGCGCUUUGGUGAAUUUUAAGGAGUUACUGAAUGCGGUAGAAUUGAGCGAGCACAAGCUCUAUGUUUUUAUUGAUGAAUAUGACGCUGGAAUGACCAAAGCUCUUAACAACGAAUACACUUUACAACUUCUUAUUGCUCAUCAUAAAAAUUCUCCAAGCAGAACUGAAGUAAUAGAGAGUUCGUUCAAACAAUUUUACAGUCGAUUGAAAUCUGCUUGUAAUGAUGGCCUUGUUUAUGUUUUCCAAACUGGUGUAACUCCUAUUGUUAUGGCCGAAUUCACUUCAG